CCACCACCACCACCACCACCACUACCACCAAUUCACACUCAAAAGUCAAUCUCAAAAGCAAUGGUUGAGACAUUCGGAUACAUUUCGGUGCAGCCCGACUGGGCAGUCGACGUAAAGAAAGCGCUCAGCGGUGCCGAGGGCCCCCACACCUUCUGGGCAUCCGCAUACAAGCAAGGCACCGAACUCACCCACAAGCCCACUAAAACUACCGCGCAAUCCAUCACCGCCGAAUACAUUGACACCCGUCAUCUCCAGCUCUCCACCACCAACAGCAACAGCAGCCAUCCAGAAUCCCAAAAUAUCCUGGCGCCGCGUCUUUACACCGCCCCGCACCGUUCGGUAGAGUGCUCGCAGAUUAAGCGCAAAACGGGGCUGCGGAGCUUCGAUAUUAGUCCGUAUGGCGGAUUACUGGUGGGUUGUGGCGAUGAGGGCGCCAUGGGUGUGUAUGAGAUCGAGGGUCGCGUGCAUAGGGUGCAGCUGGAGGGACAUUUGGGAGACAUCACAGCUUGUCGAUUCUUCCCCUCUGGGCAAGUUGUAUUGAGUGGUGCGACGGAUAUGCGGAUCAAAAUAUGGUCGGCAUCGGACGGCUCUAACCCGGUUACCCUGGUGGGCCACACAGCGGCGAUCACGGAUCUGGCGAUUAUCGGGAGAGGCCGCCAGGUUUUAUCGGCGGCCGCGGACGGCACCCUGAGGCUGUGGCAUUGCGGGGAGUCCUCCGUUGUGCAUGUAUUUGAGCUGUCGCGGAUGCGAAUUAACUCUAUUGAUCUUGUCGCACGGUUCGAGGCCCAGGAUGUGCUUGAGAUUGAUGGAAAGCUUGUUGUGGCUGCUUGCGAGGAUGGACGCGUGGUUGUCGUCGAUUUGAUGGCCAGGGAGUAUGGCGAUGUUGGAGGCGUUCCUGUGAGGGCGGUUGCGUAUGACGUGGCUAACUCCCGUCUGUAUACUGGGAUGGCGGACGGCUCUGUGAAUGUGUGGGCGGCUGCGGAUGCUGGUGAGCCCGUGUAUGCGUUCAGGCGUAAUGCGUCUCCUGUGUCGGCUAUCCGCUUGGUCUAUGGCGUGGAUGCGGGGGAGCCGCGGAUCUGCGUGGGCACCGAGGACGGUCAGCUGUUUGUGGCUGCCGUUAUUGAUAACAAUGGUGCCGUUGGCGUGGAGAUCGUCGAGGAGCUUGUGGCCUUUGAUGUCGACCCCAUUACCCAAAUCCGCACUGCCCCGUCGUCUGUCAAAAACUCUACCCGCCAGAGCAUCUGGGCGAGUGGACGCACGAACAAGGCAUACGAGUUUUAAUCAAAAAUAUAUAUAUAUUGGAU